AUGGCUUCUUCAGAUCCAAAUCAAAGGCCAACGUCUUCCUCGCCCUCCUCCAACGCACGGCCACCACAAGGUGUGAAGUUUGCGCGGCGAACUUCCAGCGGCAGAGUCGUUAGCCUCUCCCGAGAUGAUGACAUUGACGUCACAGGCGACAUCGCCGGUCAAAAUGACUACAUCAAUUACACAGUCAUGAUGCCGCCCACGCCGGACAACCAGCCUGGCACCUCCGAUUCCAAGACCGAUGGUGCCGGCUCUUCACGAUUAGCUUCUGAGUCUCAGCCGAACCGCAGAGGCAGCAGCGGAGGGAGUGCGGCGAAGUUUGAUAGAAGAGUGUCGAUCUUGAAUUCUGUGAACAACAAGUCGAUGCUGUCGAGGAGUCAGACUCAGGAUUUUGAUCACAACCGGUGGUUGUUCGAGACGAAGGGGACAUAUGGAAUUGGAAACGCGUAUUGGCAGGACGAUGAGUACGGGGAAGAUACUGGAAUGAGCAUGUCGGAUUUCAUGGACAAACCAUGGAAACCUCUCACUCGGAAAGUUGGUGUUCCUGGAGGUGUUCUGAGCCCUUACAGGGUAUUGGUUGUCAUCCGUAUGAUCUUGUUAUUUUUCUUCCUAGGAUGGCGUUGCAGGAACCCGAAUUACGACGCCAUGUGGCUUUGGGGAAUUUCAAUUGUCUGCGAGAUCUGGUUUGCUUUCUCUUGGCUUCUCGAUAUCCUUCCCAAGCUCAAUCCUGUAAACAGAAGUACCGACCUGGAGGCUCUGAAGGACAAGUUCGAACAGCCUUCGCCGUCGAACCCGACUGGUCGAUCAGACUUACCCGGCGUCGAUCUUUUUGUUUCUACCGCUGACCCUGAAAAGGAACCACCUCUCGUCACCGCCAACACCAUUCUUUCAAUUCUCGCCGCUGACUAUCCAGUCGAGAAGCUCAGCGCCUACAUUUCUGACGAUGGUGGUGCUAUACUCACCUUUGAAGCCAUGGCUGAAGCUGCCAAAUUUGCUGAGAUUUGGGUACCCUUUUGUCGGAAACACGAAAUUGAGCCUAGAAAUCCUGACGCUUACUUCAGCUUAAAAACUGAUCCUACGAAGAACAAGAAAAAGCAUGACUUCGUCAAGGAUCGUAGAUGGAUCAAGAGGGAGUAUGAUGAAUUCAAAGUGAGGAUCAAUGGGCUUCCAGAGGUGAUUCGCAAACGAAGCGAAAUGUACAACUCUAAAGAGGAGAUAAAGGAAAAACAAACAGCCAGAGAGAAAAAUGGUGGGAAUUUGCCACCAGAUCAACCCAUCAAUGUCACAAAGGCAACAUGGAUGGCUGAUGGCACUCAUUGGCCGGGAACUUGGUUCAAUUCUACAGCUGACCAUGCCAAGGGUGACCAUGCUGGAAUCUUGCAAAUAAUGUGUAAGGUGCCAGAAUUUGAUCCAGUAAUGGGAACUGCAGACGAAAAGAAAUUGGACUUCACAGGUGUAGACAUCAGACUCCCCAUGUUUGCUUACGUUUCUAGAGAAAAACGACCAGGAUAUGAUCAUAACAAGAAAGCAGGAGCCAUGAAUGCCUUGGUUCGAGCCUCGGCUAUAUUGUCCAAUGGAGCCUUUAUUCUUAACUUGGAUUGUGACCAUUAUUUCUAUAACAGUAAAGCUGUAAGGGAGGGAAUGUGCUUCAUGAUGGAUCGUGGUGGUGAUCGCAUAUGUUACAUACAGUUUCCUCAGAGGUUUGACGGCGUUGAUCCCUCUGAUCGAUAUGCAAAUAAUAAUACAGUCUUCUUUGAUGGAAAUAUGCGGGCACUAGAUGGUCUGCAGGGUCCAAUGUAUGUUGGGACAGGUUGCAUGUUUCGGAGAUACGCACUGUAUGGAUUUGAACCACCGAGGUUCUAUGAGCACACAGGCGUGUUUGGGAGAGUAAAAACCAAAGUAAACCGAGAUGUACUACAGGCACGAUCACGAGUGGAUGAUGAUCGGCAGCCUCUGAACUCUGAUUCGGACUCAGAUCUUGGAUUUCCCCAGAAGUUUGGUAAUUCUACUAUGUUCACAGACAGCAUACCUGUGACUGAAUUCCAAGGCCGACCACUAGCUGAUCACAAAUCUGUUAAGAAUGGUAGACCACCAGGAUCGUUACUCAAGCCACGUCCUCCUUUGGAUGCACCCACUGUUGCUGAAGCCAUAGCUGUCAUCUCUUGCUGGUACGAGGACAAAACUGAAUGGGGGGACAGGGUGGGUUGGAUUUAUGGGUCAGUGACAGAGGAUGUGGUGACUGGCUACCGGAUGCACAACCGUGGGUGGCGGUCAAUUUACUGCAUUACAAAGCGUGAUGCUUUUCGCGGCACGGCUCCGAUCAAUCUGACUGAUCGGCUUCAUCAAGCUUUAAGAUGGGCUACAGGCUCAGUAGAAAUCUUCUUCUCAAAAAACAACGCCAUAUUUGGAAGCAAGCGCCUCAAGUUCUCGCAAAGAGUCGCAUAUCUCAAUGUGGGCAUAUACCCCUUCACCUCUAUAUUCUUGGUUGUGUACUGCUUUCUCCCUGCACUCUGCCUCUUCACCAACAACUUCAUAGUUCCAGGCCUAAACGUAGCCUUCCUUUUGUAUCUUUUCUCCAUCACCGUCUGCCUUGUUCUGAUCUCCCUUCUUGAAGUGAAGUGGUCAGGCAUUGCCCUUGAGGAAUUUUGGCGAAACGAGCAGUUCUGGGUCAUUGGUGGUUCUAGUGCUCACCUCGCUGCAGUGUUACAAGGUCUGCUAAAAGUCAUAGCAGGCAUUGAGAUUUCCUUCACUUUAACAUCUAAGUCAGCCGCAGAUGAAGACGAAGAUAUCUACGCCGAUCUUUACAUCGUGAAAUGGACAAGUCUCUUCAUCGUGCCACUAACCAUUAUAUGCAUCAACAUCAUAGCUAUGGUAAUAGGAUGCGCAAGGACUAUAUACAGUGUGAUACCACAGUGGAAUAGGCUAUUGGGAGGCUUGUUCUUUAGCUUAUGGGUUUUGGUUCAUAUGUACCCUUUUGCUAAAGGUUUAAUGGGCAAGAGAGGAAGGGUUCCCACAAUACUUUUAGUGUGGCUAGGGCUGCUUUCCAUUAUAAUUUCAUUGAUCUGGGUUGCAGUAACCGCAGGUGGGAAUAGUGAUCAAGCUGGAGGAGGCAAUGUCCAAAUAUGA